AAGAAGGAGACAGAGGGGAGAGAGGGAGAGAGAGAGAGAGAGAGAGAGAGAAGGGGUCUCGUCUCAUCUCUUCUCCUCUCCUCAUCCAGCGCGCGCGUGCAUGUGUAUGGAUGACCACCUGAGUCUCCUCCGCUCUCCUCCGCCUUCCUCGUCCAAGCACCGGGGCGACGGCACCCAGGUGAACCGCGGCUACACCGACACGGAGCGCGAGGACACCAUGACGGUGGUGGCGUGCGGCGAGAGCAACCUGGAGGAGCCCGCGCUCGAGCGCUACGAGACCCAGCACGAUUGCUGCGAGCGCGUGGUGAUCAACAUCUCCGGUCUGCGCUUCGAGACGCAGCUCAAGACGCUCGCGCAGUUUCCGCAAACUUUACUCGGCGACCCGAAAAAGCGCAUGCGCUACUUCGACCCGCUCAGGAACGAGUACUUCUUCGACCGCAACCGACCGAGUUUUGACGCCAUUCUGUAUUACUAUCAAUCCGGCGGGCGCAUCCGGAGACCCGUGAACGUUCCCAUCGACAUUUUCUCCGAGGAGAUCCGCUUCUACGAGCUCGGCGAGGAGGCCAUGGAGAAAUUCCGGGAGGAUGAAGGGUUUAUUAAAGAAGAAGAGCGUCCUUUACCGACACGCGAGUUCCAGAGGCAGCUGUGGCUGUUGUUUGAAUAUCCUGAAAGUUCAGGUCCGGCGCGCGCCAUCGCCAUCGUCUCGGUGCUGGUCAUUUUGAUCUCCAUCGUCAUCUUCUGUUUGGAGACGCUCCCCGAGUUCAGAGAGGACGACAACCGAGAGCCAGCACUCACCUCCACCAUGAUGAACUCCACCACGACGGUUCUUCCGAGCCCGUUCUCGGACCCUUUCUUCGUCGUGGAGACGCUUUGCAUCAUCUGGUUCUCGUUUGAGCUCCUGGUGAGAUUCUUUGCGUGCCCGAGCAAAGCGACGUUCUCCAAGAACAUCAUGAAUAUCAUUGACAUCGUGGCGAUCAUUCCGUACUUCAUAACGUUAGGGACGGAACUCGCGGAGCGCCAGGGGAACGGUCAGCAGGCCAUGAGUUUAGCCAUUCUCCGAGUGAUCCGUCUGGUGCGCGUCUUCAGGAUCUUCAAACUCUCACGCCACUCCAAGGGCCUUCAGAUUCUGGGACAGACGCUCAAGGCGAGCAUGCGGGAACUGGGCUUGCUCAUCUUCUUUCUCUUCAUCGGGGUCAUCCUGUUCUCCAGCGCCGUCUAUUUCGCAGAAGCGGACGACCCAGACUCGGGCUUCAACAGCAUCCCGGAUGCCUUCUGGUGGGCCGUGGUGACCAUGACGACGGUGGGAUAUGGAGACAUGCACCCUGUGACGAUCGGGGGUAAAAUCGUCGGGUCGUUGUGUGCCAUCGCGGGCGUCUUGACCAUCGCUCUUCCUGUCCCGGUCAUCGUCUCAAACUUCAAUUACUUCUACCACCGGGAGACGGAAGGAGAAGAGCAGGCGCAGUACCUACACGUCGCGAGCUGCCAGCCACUCUCGUCCUCGUCCGAGGAGCUGAAGAAGACGCGCUGCUCAUCCUCGUCCUCGCUCAGCCGGUCCGAGUACAUGGUGAUCGAAGAAGGAGCCUUCACCCAGCCCAACUUCCCGUCUCAGAACAACCAGAACUGCGUCCAUAUCAAAAAGAUCUUCACGGACGUUUAAGACUCAUUUGAAUCGAAACAGUUUAACGGACUCCAAUGACAAUAAUUAUCCUUCCUCGAGUCGUGUGUGAAGGUUAGACAUGACGGUGACCUCCAUUUUACGCUUGACAGGUGAGGAGAGACGUCAAAGCCCCCAUGUGUCCAUCCGCUCAUCCAUAGUACCGUGUGCUCUCAGUGUUAACUCGAUAGGAGACGCUAAAAGGACAAACGCUAAUUACCUUCCACUUAAUGAUUAGUAUUAAACAGAAGUGACGUAAGCUAGUGUGCUUCCAGUUUUAAUCAGUUUCUCUGCGUAAACACUCCCCAGAGAAAUAGAUAGAGCUAGAGAGAG